AUGUCGAAUAGAAGAGAGUUAUUGGAAAAGCUAAGGAACAUAGAUGAAGAGUGUUCCGAUAUAGAAUCAGAUGCAACAAAUUGGGAACUAUCAUCUGAAGAUGAAUCGGAUUAUAUUCAAAGUGAGACAUCUGAUGCUGAAGAUAGCGAUGAAGAGGCGAUCACCAACGAUGAAAAUGAAAGUGUUAUCAAUAUGCCCAGGAAAAGGUGUAGGGUGCUAAGUAGUUCAGACUCUGAUGAAGAAACUGAAAACACCUUUCAAGAGACCGAAACAGCUGCCGAUGGUACUGUGUGGUUAAAAUUUGACGAAGGUGGUAUUCCUGGAAGGUUACCAUCUACUUGUGUUUUCAAGGGUGUGAAAGGACCAACAGGCUACGCAAAAAGGACGAUCAUUGCAGAUAAUCUUGUCAGUGCAUUCUCGUUGAUAAUAGAUAACUAUAUUAUCAAACAUAUAAAAAAGUGCACAGAAGAAGGCCGCCGAAUUUUGGGGUACGAUUGGACAACAACAUUACCGGAAAUACGUGCAUUUAUUGGGAUUUUAUAUGCUCGUGGAGCCUGCGAGGCAAAAAAUUUAAACUGA